UCGGCUUCUGCGGCAAGGACGGCGACGACGAUGGAGGGAUGGCUCACCAAGCGGCGCGACCACAUGAACAUCAUCUGGACGGAGCGCUACUUCAUCCUCGACGGCAACAACCUGCGCUACUACAAGAAGCGGGGCGACCCUGCGCCGAGAGGCGCGUAUGUGCUGACGGACGGCUGCGUCGUGGGCAAGGUCUUCAACUCGGAGGAGAAGCACAAGCACCAUGAGCCCGUGUGGAUGUUCCGCAUCACGUUUGCGGUCGAGGCGGGCGAGAAGAGCUACAAGAAGGACCGGUUCGUCGACCUCGGCGCCAAGACGGAGGCGCUGGCGAACGAGUGGAAGAAGACGCUCGAGCAGACUAUCUCGGGCGUGAAGGAGAUGUUCAAGCACGUGCGCACAAUGAAGUACGAGGCCGACCACGGUGCCACGAACCCUGAAGUCGUCUCGAAGCUCCUUGCCGAGGACGAGAACAUCUCGCUCUUCAACCUUGACGAAGACAACGCCAAGGCCGAGCAAGGCUGGUGGCUCGCGCGGGUCGAGGACGGGCUGCGCAUCAUGCAGGAGUGCCCGUUGGGCCAUCAAGUCGCGGCGUCCAUGUACGCGCACCACGCAACGCUCACCAACAACCUCCUCUUUGCGUCCGCCAUCAGCUCCAUCUUGGCGUUCAGCAUCAUGUACUCGUUCAUCCACAACAUGCUUAUCUGCAUCCUCACGGCCGUCGGUGCCGUCGUCGUGUGUGGCAUCACGCUCAUGCCCAAGUCGUACAUUGAGAUCCCGAGCUUGCGCGUCUCCCAGGUCGUGCAUGGUUCGCCCGCAGACGUCUUCCGCCUCAUCAUGAACCCGUCGCGGUACCAGCGAUGGGACGCGUCGGUGGCGUCGAUGAAGGUGAUCCAGACCAUGGACGACCACGCCGACAUCAUUUACAUCACGCUCCGCCCCGUGUACAUUUGGCCCAUGUGGCAGAAGCCGCGCGACCUCGUGCUCAUGCGCUACUGGCGCCGCGAGGAAGACGGCUCGUACUUUGUCAUGUACCAGAGCACGACGCACCCCGAGUGCCGCGUGCGCCACAACUAUGUGCGCGCGAACCUCCUCGGCGGUGGCUUUGUGAUUGCGCCGCAAAAGACGGCGAUCGCGGGCGGUGUCCGGUCGCUCGUCACGUACGUCUUGCGCUACGACCCGAAGGGCAGUGCGGCGCUGUACCACCAGCUCGGGAUGGACGUCGACAUGGUCGUCCCGAUGCUUCGCGCGAUCGUUGGCAUUCGCGACGAAAUGAACACGAACGACUUUAUUACGCCCAUUGUGACCGUCUCGGAGCCCGCGUCGACGGGUGCCGCCGGGCGCAGCGAGCUCGGUGCGACGACUGUCGAUGCGGCCGGCCUUGUCCACGGCGUGAAGAAGUGGAAGACGUCGCUGCCCGAAAAGAUGUGGGGCGAGCCGGACGCGUCCCUCUUUGCCGUGCGUGGGCCCAACUACCUUGUCGAUAAGAAGAAGACGCCGUCGGCGCCAUCGCGCUUCCACCUCGUGGGCGUCGACCUCCUCUCGUACGAAGUCGCGUCGGAGCGGUACCACGUCGCGUCGCGCCCCGGGUCGCUCGUGCAGAGCGCGACGAGCUUUACGUUUGUCGUCAACAUGAUCAUCCCGAGCCCGAACAACCUGAGCAUGGUGUUUUACUUCCAGCCCGACUCGGCCAACAUUUUCACCGAAAACACGCCGUUCUCGGAACUCCUCAAUGACUUUCUGGAUGGCGACGACGCGUUCCGGAACUCGCGCUUCAAGCUCAUCCCGACGGUCGUCGAAGGCAGCUUUAUCAUCAAGCAGAGCGUCGGGUCCAAGCCGACGCUGCUCGGGAACAAGCUCAAGUGCCCGUACCACCGCGGCGACAACUACUUUGAGGUCGACUUGGACAUUUCGUCGAGCUCGGUCGCCAACACGGUCGUGGGCAUGGUCACGGGCGUCACCAAGAUCCUCGUCGUCGACAUGGCGUUCCUCCUCGAGGCGCAGACGGAAGAAGAGCUCCCCGAAGCCAUCCUCGGCACGGUGCGAUUGCAGCACGUGUCGCUCGACAACCCGAUCAAGGUCCCCAAACUCCAAAAGUAAGACCACUGCAGGAUAUUGCCACAUUCAAUGUACAUGACCUCUUAUCUAUUGGCAUUACUUAUCGC